AUGGCGAAGGUAGAAAGUAUUAUAGAACUUUUUUUACGUGCAAAUUUGCUUCAUUUGCAGAAGUCUGCCGUCACUCCUCGUGCUGAUCCGGUGAAAAAGGCUGUCGCUGAUUAUUUGGAAGCCCAAUUGCAGACUUGCCGCUUAGCGAUAGAUCCAGAGAAGGCGGGAGGUGAUGUGGGAACGUUUCAACCUCAGAACGACGAUUACUUUGGAAAUGCUUCAACUCCCCGGCAGCCAGCGCAGACUCCGUAG